AUGAAAUUGAAAGAACUAAUUGCUCAAAAAUAUACUAAAUGUUGGAUCCACGUAAAAAUAUUUUUUAAUUCUGUAUGUAUUGUAAUUACAGUAAGGCAACUUAAGGGAAAGUGCCAAACAUUGCGAGGGACAUAUAGGCAAAGAAGGAAGGACUACCAUUUACCAUCUGGUUCAGCGGCUUCUCAAAGGCGGUGGGUCUAUUUUGAAAGUCUAACUUUUUUAGAGCCAUUUCUAGCCCAAAGGGAAACAAGUAGUAAUGCUCCAACUAUGGCUAUUCACACCGAGGUACAUGUCUCAGACAAUGAAGAGGACAUAAUUUUAGAAGUAGAGGGAGAAUUACAGGAAUACCAAUAUGAGAUAGAGGAAUCCCAAUAUGAGAUAGAGAAUUCCCAUAGUGAGAACGCAUUGGAGAAUUGUGAUAUGCAAGAUGAGAUUGUGAGGUCGCAAACUUCCACACGCACACCAAGCCGUGCAUCCAGGUCAGGUUCAACAAAUAGUGCCAAAAGAAAAAAAGAAAGUUCCCAGGACCUGGAAGAAACGAUGAAAGUUUAUUUUAAAAGUAAAUUCGAAAAACAAAAUGGCCAGAAAAUUCCUUCAGUUCGCUUAUUCCAUGAAAGUUUGGAAGAAGACCUGGCGAAAUUUUCAGAACCACAGUUGAGGCGGUAUAAGCUAAAAGUUUUAACCAUAAUUAAUGGAAUUUUAGAAAAUGAAAGUACAUAA